CAGAUGCACAGUACACUGAGCUUUUCUUAGGGCCUGCACCAAAAAUAUUGAGUGUGGGGUUUGUUCCGCAGUGGUUCAGGGACACUCGGUACCUGUGAAGCAGACACUCGAUAUUGGGUGUUGCUGUUUCCCGUAUGGUCUGUGCAUACUGUACACUAGUACAUUGGCGCCGCCCUAAUGCUCCUCAUGUCCAUAUAUCGUCACAUCGUCACAUCGAUCCCUCACUCCUCACAUCAAUUUUAUAAUCUAUUUAUCCGAUUGCCCUCUGGAAAGGCCUACAGCGCUCUCCAGGCCGCACACGGAAAGUCGCGUAAACUUCUCCUGUACACCAGCUGUGAAAACUUCACAUCUGACCGACAAAUACCAAUGUACCACCCAAACCGGACACCCACCAUGCCGUCGCAGGUGCCUCCGAUACCACUGAUGUAUCGCGACAUGCCUCCCAAUGACACAAACGGUGACUAUGUCGGUAAUCAUGGCGGCAAGAGUUACAGGCUUCGAGUUGAGCAGCAGCCCAUCAGAGCCCGAAUGUGUGGUUUUGGCGACAAGGACCGACGCCCAAUCACUCCGCCUCCAUGCAUCCGCCUCACAAUGUGCGACGGCGUGACCGGACAGGAAAUCGACGCCGGUAACAUCAACGCCGCCUACUUUGUUCUGAUUGUCGACCUCUGGCACGAGGAUAUCUCGCGCGGCGCGUGUAACCUGGUACGCCAUCCUACUGCCCAGCCUUCAGUCAGCAUCUCUAGCAGUGUAACAACUUCAUUCCCUCCCGCACCAGAACGGCCCAUGUUCAUGCCCAAUAUGGCGCCGGUCAAUCAAUAUGGCCAGCCAAUGCCACCAUCGUAUCCCUACGGUCAACCGCAAUACUACGGAGUCCAGACGUCCCCCGGAUAUGCAGCGCCAUACGGCACAGCCUACAACUCGGCAGUCAUGCCUGCGCAAAACUCCAGCCAGAAUCACACGAGGAAUCUCAUUGGUAUGACAUCUUCCAAUGCCUGCCCACUGAACGACCCUGAGGGCAAGCCCGGCCAAUGGUUUGUGCUCCAGGAUCUUUCUGUGCGCACUGAGGGAACUUUCCGAUUGAAGUUUAUGAUCUUCAAUAUUGGAGCUGGAGAGAACGCGAGCCGUGUGAUGACACACGGCGAGAAGACGCCCAUGCUUGCCUCCUGCUUUUCGGACCCGUUCACUGUCUACUCGGCCAAGAAGUUCCCAGGUGUUAUAGAAAGCACCGCACUCAGCAAAUGCUUUGCGCAACAGGGUAUCAAAAUCCCGAUCAGGAAGGACGGGCCCCGCACAUUAGCCAAUCAGUCGGAGUAUGACGCCGAUGAUUGAGCUCAGGAAUGAUAUGGCAACAGUGCGCCGGCGCAAGGAAACACUAUUGCUAGUUUCAGACAUGGCGUAAGAUAGACGCGAGCGCUUAUGGGCCGCUUCAUGUCACAUUGCGGAUGAAUAUUGCGAAAUUGGGAACGGACUUGGGUUGUACUUAGAUCGCGGUAGAUAUGCAGUACGUUGCACAUGCCUGUUACUGCGCCACUAUCCCUGCCGUGAUGACAAUUCUCUGACUACAUUUCCGCUAGAUAAUCGACC